ACUGUGUUCCUGGGAGCCCACAACAUAGACAAACUAAUAGACUUGAGACGACAAAAGAUCAAAGUAUCGAAAAUGUUCCCGCAUGAAAAAUACAGGAACAGAACCGUGAUUAAUGACAUCAUGCUGCUCAAGCUGGCUCGUCCUGCAAAGCUGAAUGAACAUGUGAAAACCAUCCCCAUGGCCGGUCCCUUUGAGAAUUUACCGCGUGGUACCAAUUGCAGUAUUGCUGGAUGGGGAUGCACCGUUCCAGGGGACAACUCCUCUGUGGAAGGCAAGGAUGCAGCACAGGGUGACUCCGGCAGCCCCCUCGUGUGUAAGGAUAAAGUUCAGGGGGUUGUCUCUAAGGGAUCUACAUCUGGGACCCUCCCCGGCACGUAUACGAGUGUCUCCUUCUACAACGACUGGAUCAAGGACACCAUGAGGAGAGCGUAGCUUUGAGCCUGCCAGGACCCACUGCCUAGACCAGCCCUGCGCCGCUUCAGUCCUUUGUAGAGGCCCAGAUGUAGGGCCUGCUUUGCAGUGGGGCUGAGUCCCCACACUCCCUCUUGAGUCUCCUAUCCCACCCUUCAAGAUAGAGUCCCCUCCCCCAGCUCCAAGGCAGGAGAGUUAGGAGCCAGGUUCAGGGCUGGCUGCUUCUUUGGUUGGGAACACCUGGGUCAUGUCAGUUAGAAGCCAAAGCUUGAGGUGGACCCAUUGGGUUAUUGCUCUCCCCAGGGUGGGCCCAUCGAGUGCCAGCUUGGGGGAGAUCCUCCCCAUAACGUCCACCUGCACGUUCCUGCUGGAUCUGACCCCGACCCUGACCUCUCACGGUUCGGUUCCUGUAUUUUUCAUGCGGGAACAUUUUCGAUACUUUGAUCUUUUGUCGUCUCAAGUCUAUUAGUUUGUCUAUGUUGUGGGCUCCCAGGAAAACAGUGAUCCCUCUGUAAAAGCAGGUGCAAUACACGGCCCGUUAGGGACAGUCAUGUACAGGAGGUAGGGGCACAGCAUCUGUGGGUGUCACUGGUAAAUGCUGCUUUGGGGGGCAGUGCGGGGGGCUGACUGCUUCAG